CCGCACCCGCGGCCGACGCAGAGGCGACGGGCAACUCUUUGGAUUUGGGCUUCGUUUUUGUUUUCAUUUUCGUUUGGUUACGCCGCCUCCGCAUUCGUAAUCGUCUCAUAGCUCUCUCUCUCUCUCAUCUGCGGUGACUCUUAUUGCUCCUUAGCCUUCAAUGGCGAAGCAAUCAGUGAAACGUUUCCUUCACAACAUGGAUCGUAAUAUGAAAUUGUUUAGCAAAGAAUUACCAUACCGAAGGUUUGUGCAUGAAAUUCUUUGUAGGUUUCAAUCCCAAUCAUCAAAGAGUGGGAAUAUGGAAACAGAUGCAUGGGAGAAGGAAAAGAGUACUUCCCAAGUACCUGUCAUGCCUAAAGUGGACAGGAAUAUGAACUAUGAUUCACAGAUUAAGAGACACAGUUCCAAUUAUGAUGAUGUGAAUGACAAAUGGAAGUUAGAGUUUGAUUGGCUUACUAGGGCUCUUGAACCAGCUGUGCAAUUGUGCAGAUGGGCUCUUCAAACAGGAAAUGGAUCUGGAACUAAACCCCCAGCUACCAAUAGAUCAUUUAUGGAGAUUGUUGCAAGCAUUCAACGGAGUAAGCUUGGACUCCAGGAUUGGAGCCUAAGUGAUCUCACAAUAGGCUUGUUUAUUAUAUACCUUCAGCAAGCAUCCAAAAACCAAUUUGAGGAUAUUAAGGGUGUUCAGGUCUCCUCUGAUUCCAUUGUCCAUGACCUUAUCUACCACUUAGAAUUAUCAAAAGGGGCUUAUAGGGAUAGUGCCGCUGGUCUUGCAAGAAACAGCAUGCUUCGAGAAAGCAGUGUUGUGAAAUUUAUCAAGGAUUCUAGCAUUAUGAGGCCUGGAUAUUAUAUUGGAAUCGAUGCUCGCAGAAAACUUGUAAUUCUGGGAAUAAGGGGAACUCAUACUGUCUAUGAUCUUAUUACUGAUAUUGUGUCUUCAAGCAACGAAGAAAUCACAUUGGAGGGCUACUCAACCCACUUUGGUACUGCUGAGGCUGCUCGUUGGUUCCUUAAUCAUGAAAUGGGGACCAUAAGGAAGUGUAUUGAGAAACAUGAGGGAUUUAGGUUAAGGCUAGUUGGUCAUUCUCUUGGAGGUGCUGCAGCUUCUCUGCUAGCAAUAAUGCUCCGGAAAAAGUCAAGCAAGGAGCUAGGGUUUAGCCCUGAUAUUGUUACUGCUGUUGGAUAUGCGACCCCACCUUGUGUAUCUAGGGAACUUGCUGAAUACUGCUCUGACUAUGUCAGCACUGUUGUAAUGCAGGAUGACAUCAUUCCAAGGUUAAGUGUAGCUUCUCUAACAAGAUUGAGGAAUGAAAUACUGCAAACUGAUUGGACAAGUGUCCUUGAGAAGGAAGACUGGAAAAGUGUUGUAGGUUUGGUCACAAAUGCAAGGCAGGUGGUUUCUUCAGUACAAGAGAUAGCUCGGAGGCUUGCUGAUUUUGCAAAGUUCAGGGGCCAGACUAAAGUCUCUGAUGCUUAUGACAGAGAGGAGUCGCCCCUAGUCUCUGGAGUCUCUUCUUCAACAUCCAAGGCCACUGGAGAGAAUACCGUUGUUAGAAAUGGAGAAGCUGUCGGUUCACAACCUGAGGAGUUGUUUGUACCAGGAACUGUAUAUUAUCUAAAGAGGAAUGCUGACAAGCACGGCAACAGCAAUGACAAAGGUAAAGAAUAUUUUACUCUGUGGAGACGGCAUCCCGGUGAACAUUUUCAGCGGAUACUGCUAUCAGGCAACUUAAUUUCACAACACAAAUGCGACAGCCACUUGUAUGCUCUGAGGGAUGUUCUCAAAGGUUUUCCUGGGCCCAUUGAUGAAAGCAUUUUUUAAUAAAUAUAUUACUUGCAGGUUUCCAUGAAGUGACAAGACAUGAUAUAUCAUGCUUUAAUCUCACUAGGUGGCAUUGGCAAUGUAAAUUAUAUGUUGUUUUUCUUUUUGGUCUCAAUAAUGAUAAUGAUUAGAGUGUUGAGAAAUUUUGCAGAAAAAUAGCGUUUUUUUUUUUGGGCUUCUAGACUAGAUCUGUAUUCAAUGUUUGCCAAGACUACAUAAAUUUUAUUAUGCUGAUUAUGUUCGAUUGUUCACGCUCAAUUUUGAUUCCUUUAUAUACAAAUUUUCUUCCUCGCAAUUUUUAGUUUUAUAUGACAAUGUUGCUA